CCGUGUGUUUUCCAUGGCGGAGGCGCAGCGGAGGAGCUGAAGGAGGCCAGAGGAGAGUGGAGAGAGAGGAGGAGGAGGAGAAGGGGAACCGUUGCGUGAACCGGAGUAACUCAUAUCUCUCUGAGGUUUCUGUUAUGCCCCGGGCCAGCGUGGAUUAUACCCCCGAUAACAGGAAGACAUACAGUCACAUUUGACGGACAUACAUUGACGUAUGCUGGGUUUUUUUUUUUUUUUUUCAGCCGUCACUUUGAAACUUUAUUUUCAGCGUUUUUCCAAGUUUAAUUAUUGGUUUAAAUCAGUCUGAUCUUCUUUUCUUUUCUUUUUUUUACCAAGUCUUUGGACUCGGUUCGCCAUCUGUCACAGUCUGACCCCGGUAUCUACGCAGCACACCGAGAGGGAAAAAAAUCACCUUACAAACUCUGCCAAGAUUUCUAUUGUGGAACUUCGGGAAUUGACUUUUGCUGAACAAAGGCGCGGGUGAGCGCCGGACAGACGCACUGACAUUUGCCGUGGAGACUCGAUGUGUGUCUGUGGCUCUCUGUGUGUAGAGGGCAUCGUGUGUUUCCUGCACGACGACCCCUUCGGAUCUUACGUGUGCAUGUGAUGUGUGUAGAAAAAGAGGUGUGUGAGCAUAGCCGUGUGUGAUGCGUGGUUGUGAGCCCUCCGGCUGUCUGUCUGCACUCGCCCCGGACAAACCGAGGGACAGACAGACAUGUGCUUCCAUGGAGACCAGCGGCUGUAGCCCUUUCCCCAUGUGUUGGGACCCAGAAUAUGACAGAUACUUAGCAGCGGUGUCAUCAAGGAAAACCAUGGCAACAGCCUACCUGGAACCCAACCUGAACCACACCCUCCUGGGAGUUGCCAAGUCACGACUGAGCGCGGGGGGGUCGGACCGGACCGGUGCCGCAUCUGUGGACAGGGUUCUGAAAGUCUUCCAUCACUUUGAGUCCAACACUGAGAACAGCAGCUGGUCCUCCAAUAUCAGAUAUGGGGACGCAACAGAUGUUAGGGGAAUCAUUCAAAAGAUUUUGGACAUCAACAAAGUGCGCUGGACUUCUUGCUUUGGCCUGCGCCUUCGUAGCGGCCAAUCAGGCGACCAGAUCCACUGGCUCCACCCUGAUAUGGGCGUGUCCCACAUCAGAGAGAAUUACGAACAGUCUCAUCCGCAAGAGGAGUGGAGGUAUGAGCUGAGGAUCCGGUACCUUCCGAAGGGCUUCCUGCAGCAGUUUACCGAGGACAAACCUACACUCAGUUACUUCUACCACCAGGUGAAGAAUGACUAUAUGACGGAGAUCGGGGAGCAGGUGGAACAAGAUAUUGCUCUUAAACUGGGCUGUCUUGAAAUCAGGAGGUUCUUCAGGGAGAUGAGGGGAAACGCCCUGGACAAGAAAUCCAACUACGAACUCCUGGAAAAGGAUGUUGGUUUGAGGCGCUUUUUCCCCAAGAACCUGUUGGACUCGGUCAAGGCUAAAACUCUCAGAAAGUUGAUUCAGCAAACCUUUAAGCAGGUUGCCAACCUUAACGAUGAGCAGAGCAUCAUGAAGUUCCUGGAGAUACUUGCACCGGUUUACCGCUAUGACAAGGAAUGCUUCAAAUGUGCCCUCGGGUCUAGCUGGGUUAUCCAGGUGGAACUAGCUAUAGGACCGGAGGAGGGGAUCAGCUACCUCACUGACAAAGGAUCCACGCCUACCCAUCUAGCUAACUUCACCCAGGUUCAGUCCAUCCAGUACUCUGCUAUGGAGGAGAAAGACAGAAAAGGCAUGCUGCAGCUCAAUGUGGCAGGAGCCGCCGAGCCUCUCACGGUAACCACAGCAUCGUUGACCAUGGCAGAGAACUUGGCCGACCUGAUCGAUGGCUACUGUCGGCUCGUCUCCAUGGAAACCCAUUCCUUCAUUGUCAGAGUCCAGAAAGAGGGAGAAAGAGCGCUGCCUUCGAUUCCAAAACUGUCCAACAGUGAGAAGAAGUUGGAAGCGGUGAGAAGUGGAAUAAGAACUGUCUCCGUCUCAGACCUCGUGACGUCGACGCCUCCUAAGCCAACCAAGGCGCGGCGUUUCCUCCUCCCCUUUGUCUUCUGUUCUGAUUCGCCACCCAAUGAAGAUCUUAGCGGGGACGAGACGGAUGACUAUGCUGAGAUAGUGGAUGAAGAGGAUACGUACACCAUGCCCUCCAUGGGCUAUGGAGUAGUAGAAGCACGGGACUAUGAGAUCCAGAGGGAGAGGAUAGAGUUAGGUCGUUGCAUCGGAGAGGGUCAGUUUGGAGAUGUACACCAAGGAGUCUACACCAGCCCGGACAAGCCAGAGCUCUCUGUCGCCAUUAAGACCUGCAAGAACUGUACGUCAGACAGCGUCAGAGAGAAGUUCCUACAAGAAGCAUUGACCAUGCGUCAGUUUGAUCACCCACACAUUGUUAAGCUGAUCGGAGUCAUCACUGAAAACCCCGUGUGGAUAAUCAUGGAGCUCUGCACUCUAGGAGAGCUGCGUUCAUUCCUACAAGUGAGGAAGUACAAUCUAGACCUGGCGACCCUCAUCUUAUUUGCCUACCAGCUCAGCACGGCGCUGGCCUACCUGGAGAGCAAACGCUUUGUACACAGGGACAUAGCAGCACGCAACGUGUUGGUGUCCUCUGUAGACUGUGUGAUGCUGGGAGACUUUGGUUUGUCAAGAUACAUGGAAGACAGCUCUUACUACAAAGCGUCUAAAGGUAAACUGCCCAUCAAAUGGAUGGCUCCCGAAUCCAUCAACUUUAGACGGUUCACUUCUGCCAGUGACGUCUGGAUGUUUGGUGUGUGUAUGUGGGAAAUUUUGAUGUACGGCAUCAAGCCCUUCCAGGGGGUGAAAAAUAAUGACGUGAUUGGCAGGAUAGAAAACGGCGAGCGGUUAGCGAUGCCGCCACAGUGCCCACCCACCCUCUACAGUCUGAUGACCAAGUGUUGGUCAUACGACCCCAGCAAGCGACCACGAUUCACUGAACUAAAAACACAACUCAGUACUAUACUGGAGGAGGAGAAGCUUCAGCAGGAGGAGAGACUUCGCAUGGAGAUGAGGAGACAGGUCACCGUGUCCUGGGACUCUGGAGGAUCAGAGGAAGCGCCGCCUAAACCUAGCAGACCAGGCUACCCGAGCCCUCGCUCCAGUGAAGGAUUCUUCUCCAGCCCCCAGCACAACCACUAUCCGCCCUCAGCCCAUGGUGCUGUGAGAGGGGUAGGGGGUGUCUACCCACCUCAUGAUGCCUGGAACCAGCACAGACCUGAGCACAAAGCGCUGCUGUGGAACCCUAACAUGGAGGACAGUGGAUGUGUUGGCCAGGCUAUGAUGGAAGAGAGGUUGAUGAUGCAACAGCAACAGAUGGAGGAUGACCAAAGGUGGCUGGAACAGGAAGAGAGUUUUAUGAAGGCAGACGCCAGAAACAGCAGAGGAAGCAUUGACAGAGAAGAUGGAACGCUACAAACGCCGGGUGGAAGCCAAAACAUCUACCAGCCUGUGGGGAAACCAGAACAUGUGGUCCCCCCUAAGAAGCCCCCCCGCCCAGGAGCGCCAUGUCACCUUGCCAAUCCAGCCAGUCUCAGUCCUAUAGACAGCUACAACGAGGGGGUUAAGUUGCAGCCGCAGGAGAUCAGCCCGCCACCCACCGCCAAUCUGGAUCGCUCCAACGACAAAGUAUACGAGAAUGUGACAGGACUGGUAAAAGCUGUAAUUGAAAUGUCCAGUAAGAUCCAGCCCGCCGCCCCAGAGGAGUACGUUCCCAUGGUCAAGGAGGUGGGUCUAGCACUGAGGACCCUGCUAGCAACAGUGGAUGAGACGACUCCUGUGCUGCCAGCUAGCACACACCGAGAGAUUGAGAUGGCUCAGAAGUUGUUGAAUUCCGACCUGUCGGAGCUAAUUGUGAAGAUGAAGCUAGCCCAACAAUAUGUCAUGACAAGCUUACAGCAGGACUACAAGAAACAGAUGUUAACAGCUGCUCACGCCCUCGCCGUCGAUGCCAAGAACUUGCUGGACGUUAUCGACCAAUCACGGCUCAAGAUGAUCUCCAAUCCCCACCCACACUAGCCCAGGUUCCCCGGGCCAGAGGGGAGGGGCCAGGAGAUUCUGACACAUUCAACGCAGAGGGAGGAAGCGAGAGGGGGGAGGAGUCUGUCGAGGUGGACGAUGAAAAGUACGGCGACGCCGCAGCCGAUCGCCAGAAAAGCGUACAGGCGGGUUCACGAACAAAUGGGUGGGGGGAAAUCCAAACGCACGGCAUACAUGAAGGACGACAAAUAAGAGUACCCGUGUGGCUUCUCCCUCUCCGCCUCUCCUUCUCCGCCCCUCCUCUCCCGCUGACAGACCUUCAUUAUAUAAACUCCUCAAGUUUUCUCUCUGGCUACGUCCACGUUCGGUUUAUAUUUAGCCGUUUUGUUAUUUCAUUGUCUUGUUUGGUUCUUCAUCCAGAGAAAAGCCCUUCCAUCCACCCUCUUUUCCAGGACAUGUGUAGGAAUCCUUUAUUACUCGUUUUUAUCAAGGAAAACCGUUUUAACAAGGCAGUCAGGCAAAGGACUGCGAUGUCCCGGGUGUCCGACAGCGACUUCUCGGUCAAGCUCAAAAGUGCACAUUUGCCCUACAGCCUUUAGGGGGCGCUACACGUGAAAUGGCUCUCUUGAACGAUUGCGAGGACGUUUGUGGUGGACACGUACUUUAUAAACGAUUUUCCCGACACAGCAAACACUACAUAACUCCACCUGCACGGGAGGCCAAAACUGGAACUGAAGAGCGAGUAUGAGGAUGAAGACGAUGCUGACUCUUACAGCGCGUUUAUUAUAAUACCAUUAAUGAUUAUUAUUCUUAGUAGUAGUGCUAUCGUCAGAACUGACCUACUCUGUCUUUAUUUUCCAGUCUUCCUGUCUUUCACAGCGUUCUACCGCUCUCACUACAGAAUUGUACGGGCAACAGCUAUUGAUUUUACAAGCCCGUGAGUGUAAAUUCAUUUCUCGUGACAUUUUAUUUCUAAGGCAUUUUCUGGAGCGAAGCCAGCGGACUGUCUAGCUAUCUCUCAAUCUCAGGCGCCUGGAGACGUGAAAAUGAAAAAUAUGAAAACUGAAUUCUAUUUCUUUCUCCUUUUUUUUUUCAUGGAAGAACACUAAAGAAUGCCACAGGCCACUUUUUUAAGUUAACUACAUAGUAAAUAUACAAAAAGAUAUAUUUUUAACUCUUCCCUGAGGCAUGAUUUAUUGCUGAUGGAAGGAAGGGGAGAGAUGAAAGCUUAAAAGGGGGGUUAUGGGGGUGAUUGGAGGAGAAAAGUAAGGACUAUGGGGCGGUCUGUGAGGAAGGGGAUUUUUCAGCUGCGGCGGACUCGGCUGGCGCGGGGGUUAACUGUCAGAUACCUGCAUGAAAAAUUGUGAUUUUUAAAACUGAGACACAAUCUCUCUUUUUCUUUUUUAUUCACAUGAACUGUUCAUUCAUUUCUCGUUGAAAUUCAGUUGAACAAAAAAAGGUAAAAAAAUACCAUACACGUGUUUACUUGUUGAUUUCUUGUCAGUAUUUUGAGGCCUUUGUUGUUGUUUGUUUGCUCUUGUUGUUGUUUUGUGAAUUCCUCGAACUCUUGACACAUGGUCGCUCUAAAAUCCCAUACGUCACACUACGUCCCAGGGACUGGAGUGUUUAAAACAACCCCCCAGUUACCUGCCAGGUAAACUGCUGGCAUGAGUCAACAAUACAGAUUAAAGUUGGUCUGCAUUUGACCCCAGACACAGACUUUCCUGAACAAAUCAUCACAUUUCCAUGAACCAUUAGUAGAAAUAUUUAAGUGUAAUAUACAUAAUUUAUAGUUAUUCUCAUAUUUCAUAUUUAUUUAUUUUCGAGUUAUAUAUUUAUUAUGUAUUAUUUUUGUGGGCUUUUAUUUUUCAAUUAGCGAAUUCAAGUAGUCUGAUGCAUAGCUGUCGCAUUACUCGAGCUCAUACAUGUCAAAUUACCCAUUUCUGCUCCUCGGUUCAUAGAAAGAAUCACAUCCAUGGCUGAGAAUUUCAAACUUCAAACUUCUCUGAAAUUUGUGCACCAGAGAUGCCUACUGCGCUGGAAAUAUCCACCUAAACAGUGUGCGGUGUGAGCUUUUAGAUGCACCUUGUGUCAGGGCUAGGUCCAGCUGCCCAGCAUAUUUUGGUUUUUCAUUCAAAUUUUGAACAUGUUUUACUUUUGAUAUCUAGUAUGUAAUCCAGAUUACAGUGGAAUAAAUGGGGAUUCGUUAUUUGCCAUAAUGAAGUUGAACUGCCACUGCAUUUGUGAUAAUGACCUGACAGAACUGAACGUCCCUCGGAUGCUUUACCUGUGUCUAGAUAGUGGCACCCGAGAGUCCUUUGAGAAAAUGUGCCGGUGAUGCAUUCGCAGGUCACAGUAAACCGUGGCUUCUGCAACAUAUGGGCCAAAUGUCAGAAGGAGCCAUUGGCUUGUCGAAAGUGGGGUUGAGCGUUGAUUCUCAGCGCUCUCUUUAUCUCUCCUUCCUCAUUUUCUCCUCCAUCCUUCUCUUCCCCUACCACCUACCUUCCUCUUCUUCUCCUCUCCUUUAUGAUUCCCUCUUCUCUCUCCAGUCCACCAUUCCUACUCUCUGAGGUCAGCAGUAUCCUCAGGGAGGAGUCACAUGUACAGUUCCUAAACCAGGCAAAUAAAUAAAAACACUGCUAUUAUUAUGAAACUCUCA